AUGACACCGACAUGGAAGGAAGACCCUCGACCAGUUCGAGGUGCCAAAGCCUUGAAGCAACUCUCGAACCUGGCCGAGUCAAAGACAUGUUGUAGUUCUCCAGAUAGAAAGCACUUGGGCCAAGACCAAGAGGUUGCAGAUGCUGAAACCGAAACGGGCCUUCUACAAGAGGUGCUGGAAGUGGCAGAGACAUGGCCGGUUGAUGAGGAUGGUGUGGUGCCAGAUUUGGAUCCAGGUAGUGCAGGUGUCAAUCUGGGUCUUGAUGCCAAGGACCGCUUCUAUGGGCGGAUGAGUGGAGUCGAGGUUGAGAAAGAACUCAUCCGCUUAGCAGUCCUUUUACAAAGCCUCUUGCGUGACUUUAGCAUCAUGAAGGACACCAUGGGCCACCUGGAGGAUGAGCAAAAUACGGUGAAGGAAACAGUGCGCCAUGGCCUACACGAAUGCUCCGCUCAAGUCUUGGAUGUGCAGAAGGACUCCGAAAGUCGCAUGAAGGUCCUGACCACUCAGGUGGAAGAGGCCACUUGGACCGUUGCACGAUGUCAAUUCGACACGAAGGCAAAGACGCAGGCCUUGGGGAAAGACCUUCAAGAACAAAUUGAGUUACAAAAGCAAUACAUCGAGGAGUUCAAGGAAGACACUAGAAAGCGCUCAAAGAGCUUGGAGGACGUGCAGCAGCGAGUGAUGGAACGCAUCGAAUGCAACGAGCAAGCUAGGAAGGCUCUAAGAAUCGAUGCCUUCGGCGAGAUGGCGCGAGAACGGAAGGCAGCUCAAGAUCUCAGAGCUCACGACCAGGAAGAGAUAAACCAAAAGUUCGCUGAACUGCAGCUGAUACAACAGUCCAGCCAAGAGGCCUCGAGAAAUGUCCGGGAGAAGAUAGACUUUGCUUUAGAGGUCAUGAACCAAGUCCAAGAGAAGAUUGACAUCGUUGCCGAGGAAAACGUCAGCAAGUUUGUUUUGACGGACAACGUUGUGGCACAACUCCAAGAAAAGGUGAAGCACGUCUCUGAGGAGACUGUGCAGCGGCGACUUUCGACACAAGCAGUGAUUGAAGAGCUUCGGAAAGAGCUUCACUGGCGAAAGGCAUCAAGUGGCAAGACAUCGAGUGGCAAUGCAGGCAGCUAUAGAGUUGACAGCCUAUUGACCUCCGAGUUUUCCAGAGAGGACAGUCAAGGAGGGCAAUUCCUCCGAGAGGACUCGCAGAUCCAGGGCUCUCAAGGGUCGGAGUUGCAAAUCACGCAGAGCUCACAAAGCGGAGAGCUGCUAGAGCGCAUUGAGAUCCUUGAGCUGCAGGUUCAACGUGCCACAGAGGAUCACAAGGGUCUUGAAGAUGACAUAUUCAAUCGUUUGAAAGACUUGGAGCUUCAGGUGCAGAGAGGCGUGGAGAACACGAGCUACCUCGAAGAAGACUUUGCCGACCGCUGCAAAGAAAUUGAUGCUCAGGUGCACCUUGCAGCAACCAGUCAACGAGACCUGGCUGAGGACGUGUUUCAACGCAUCGAAGACCUUGAAGAUCAGGUGCGCAGAAAAGGAGAAAGGCAAGAGCAGAUGGAUUUACACCUGCGAGAUUUACAGGAUAUGGUUGAAUCAAGAAGCGAACGGCGUCCAGCAGAGGAGGAAAGCUCCUCCGAAAGAGGCGCUCAUAGUUCCGCGGAGGAUUUGGAUGACAGGCCCUUGAGUGGUUCUGCACCAGAGGAUGAAAACGGUCGGCUUGCUGCUGGUGGGGCUGCAGCGUCAGAAGAGGCUUGA